CCGUCACUCCACGUACACAAAAAAUCGCACACCAAUUCCCAAACCCUAGAGAAAUACUAAAAGCGAAGAACGAGAAAAAGGGACAAAAAUACUAGAGGCAACCAAGAAAUCCGCUUUGCCAUCUCCUUUCCGCAUAUACCCCGAGAUUUUCCACACGAAAUUUCCCCAGGCUUUUCCCUCGCCGCGAUCUCGCUUGAAAGAGAUGCCCCAGAUCACAAGAACGGUGUGAGGACUGAGGAGAGGGAGGGACCGAGGCGCCGACCUCGCGCCGGGGGUUUCGAUUCGUCCUCAUCCCUGAAUCCUGAUCUCGCGUGUUCAGGUUUCUUGGGCUGGCCGGGGGAAGGAAUGCUGGUGGCGACAUGCUAAGCCGCGGAGCCGUGCGGUCGCUGUUGGAUCGUCUCCGGCCACCACCUCGGGGGUGGAAGCAGAACCCUAGCCCCGCCAUGCCGCCGGCCGCCGUCAACCGCCCCUGCCUCUGCAGGUGCAGCCAUUCCGUUGCGCACAACGAGGGUCGCGCGACGCCGCUGGGGAAGAUGGGGUUCCUUAAUCUAGCGGGCGGGCGGAGGUUUGCGCCGAGCGGCGCGCUCAGCUUGAAGGGGUGCCUGGGGUGGCAGGACGGCGGCAGCGGCGGCGGCGGGUUCAAGAGGAGGGUCGACGGGGAGGCGGCGGGGUUCAAGGCGCAGGUGCUCACCAGGCAGCGGCAGCUGAUGCGCGAUCCGGAGGUCCUGCCGCUGGAGGAGGCGGCCGCCAGCGCGAAGACCCUGAGCGGGAACGGCGCGUGCCGGCGAGGGAAGCCGCUGGGGUUCCCGGAGCAGGCUGUGGCGGCUAAGAUGGUGGUUGCUGUUGAUGUGGAUGAAGUUCUUGGAAGCUUUCUUGCAGCACUGAACAAAUUUAUCGCUGAUCGUUAUUCUUGGAAUCACACAGUAUCUGAAUACCAUGUGUACGAGUUCUUUAGGAUAUGGAACUGUUCUCGAGAAAGAGCUAAUUUUCUUGUCCAUGAGUUCUUCACAACUCAUUACUUCCAAGAUGGUAUACAACCCAUCCCUGGGGCUCGAGAUGCUCUCCAAAACCUUUCUUCUUUCUGUAGCUUGUCAGUAGUAACAUCUCGGCAGGAUGCAAUUAAGAGUCACACGUUAGAUUGGAUCGAGAGGUAUUAUCCAGGCUUAUUUGAGCAGAUACAUUUCGGUAAUCAUUUCGCUUUGGAGGGUCAGUCAAGACCAAAAUCAGAGAUUUGCAGAUCUUUUGGCGCUCAGGUUUUAAUAGAUGACAACCCAAGAUAUGCUAUGGAGUGUGCUAAUGAUGGCAUGAGGGUUUUGCUCUUCGAUUAUGAUAACUCAUACCCUUGGUGCAAAACUGGAGUUGACGAGUCGCAUCCGCUGGUGACCAAGGUCCACAACUGGGAAGAAGUGGAGGAGAAACUUCUUUCUUGGGUAGUAACUGAGAGCUGACAUUCUUUUCUGGUGUGAGAAGCACUGUUUGAGAUCAACAAGUGCUUCCUAUUGCUUGAUUUAUGAAGAAACAUGUUAGGGGUGAAUACAACUUUAUUUCCGAUACUCAAAGAUGUCAGCGCAAACUAGGACAUUUCUUAUCUUUAGUAAGGGACUGGCGAGUGAACAUCGCUACAUGCUGGUUGAGGCAAACCAGUUUAGCAUUGCCCUGGGUCAAGCAAAGCAUAGACGCUUCUGUUGGCAAAGAUCGGGUUCUUCCAUCCUUUUGCCCUAAGCUGGGUGUAGAAUGUAUAUAUUGACAUUGCCAUAUGGCUAAGAUGAAUUGAGAUGCUAAUAAUGAACCAUCCCCAUGCUGUCUA